AGUUGUUGUAUGGAACGCCGUCGAAACCGUUCGCGCUACGUCUGAUUUCGACGCCUCGCGGUUCAACUUUCUCGUCGUUGACGUUUAUUUUUAUCGGGAUCCUUGAACUUCGAAUGGUGGUUAGUUUAUUAAACUUUAAAGUGAUCAAAAUAAUGGUAUAGAUAGAAGUAUUGGAAAUGGAAAUGAAGAAGAUCUAUCUGAUCAUCGUUGUGCAUUUCAUUUUGGGCCAGUCUUGGUGUAUCCAAGAUCAAUCGAUGGGUCAAACUUUAACAGUGGCUAGAUUAUCUACAGGAACGCCGCAAUUCAUAGGGCCAAUUCAAAAUGUGACGGUAGCCCUCGGAAGGGAAGCUGUUCUCAGCUGUACCGUCACAGAUCUUGGGAAUUAUAAAGUCGGAUGGAUGAAAGCUGACGACCAAACUAUACUUGCACUUCACACUAGGGUCAUAACUCACAACCCCAGAAUAACAGUUAAUCACGAUGACAACUUGAAGACGUGGCAAUUGCGUAUACGACAACUGAAGGAGUCGGACCGUGGCUGUUAUAUGUGCCAAAUAAAUACGGGGGAAAUGAAAAAACAAUACGGCUGCAUCGACGUACAUGUUCCUCCGGAUAUUGACGAUUCCGGAACAAGUAAAGACAUUACCAUAAAGGAAGGCGAGAAUGUCACUGUAACUUGCAGCGCGACAGGACAUCCAGAACCGAGGAUACUUUGGAGAAGAGAGGAUGGAGGACAUUUAAUUAUGCAAGUUGGGUCUCAUGAAACUCAAAAAGCUGAAACGUUUCGAGGGCCAAGUCUAAAACUUGUGAGGGUCGACAGGCGUCAGAUGGGCGCUUACUUAUGCAUUGCAAGUAACGACGUGCCACCGGCAGUGAGCAAAAGGAUCACUCUGCAUAUUACUUUUCCGCCGAUAGUGCAGGUUCAGAAGCCCCUUGUCGGAGCCCCUCUUCAAACGAAUGUGAAGCUCAAGUGCGACGUGGAAGCUUUCCCGAUAUCGAAUAACUUCUGGACUAUAGGAGAGGAGAUGCUUUUCAAAAGUGAUAAACAUACUUUGAUGGAAAAGAAGAACGGAUACAAAACAGUGAUGCUUUUGACUAUUCACAAUGUAACUGAAGCAGAUAUUGGAACCUAUACUUGUACCGCACAAAAUGCUAUGGGGCGAUCAGAAGAUUCGGUGAGACUUUACGAGAUAAAAAUUCCAACAACUACCACGACAACCACCACAACAACUCGUGCAACAACAACAACAACUACAACCAGUACAACUGAAUCAAAUCUAAUAUUGGAAAUUACCAGUGGUAUAAAAAGUACUGCACAACCGCUGUUUGGAAGUAUGAGUGGGAGAGUGAUCGAUGAAGAUCCCUCGGAAAACUGGCUAUAUCCUAGCGUCGACCCCGCGCCCCUAGAAUUGGAAACACAUUCCGAUUCGCGAUCGAACAAAGGACUAUCCCUUAUUUUCCAUUUGACUCUAAGUUUCUUGGUAACGUUGAUUGCUUUUCUUAGGUGACACGUAAGUUGUUAUUAAGAGAAGGCUGCUGUCAGAAAGAUCCGUGUUAAACGAUGUAGAAAUGCGGAAUCACACGGACAUCUGGAUCAAAAUAAUUCAAUAAGUCUGCGGGAUAGAAUAGUAAAAGUUAUAUAAGAAGAUUGAGUAUAAAAAAAAAAUAAAAAAUGUUUUAGUAAAUUGAAAUAGACGACGUUAGGAAAUUUUGAUAUAACGGCGUUGUUAUUUUUGCAGAUUGGUAUAUUUUUGUGUCUUUUUUUUCCCUAAUGUAUAUCAUUUAAGCUAAAUAAGUAAUAUUUUUUAGCUAUAGCUCUAUAAAAUUGAUCGUAAAUAAUUAGUUUAUAGCUCAAUAUGUAUUAAUCGGUACCAAUAAAGCAGCUCAAUUUUGGAUCAAAAUCUAGCUGCUAAAACAUUUUUUUUAUAUAUUUAUUCAAUUGUACAAAGGUAUAUUGUAAGUAUGUCAUAUCAGUGCUCAAUGGAAUAGAGCUUAUUUAGUGAAAAUAAAGCAAAUAAUAUGUUCCGAUCAAAUUUGACCGAACACGAAACGAGAAUCAUCGACCAGCCAUCGCGUUUACCAGAUUUGACUGCCCUAACUUCAUUAUCGUUUUUAAACUUGAAAAUCCGCUUCGAUGAAGCCAUAAAAACUGUAUGGAAAAUUGUAUUAAGCAUGACAUGAAUACGUGAAAAUGUUUUUAGGUCAUUUUGACUCAAAUUUGAUCAUAAAUAUACUACAGGGAGAGUAGUUAUCUUUCGGUUCUUUUUAUUAGAAAUAUAUACUUCAAAUAAACAAAAAUUCAAUAUUCAAAUUUUGUUUCAAGGUAUUAGGUUAUCUAUAAAGGACCCUGAUAUAUAUUACGAUCUAAUAAAUCUAAAACUCUCCUUUCAUCAUCAAUUUUCCCUAGAGAUAUUAACAACAAAUAGUUUAAUAUAGGACAGACGCCAUAGGAAUUGUGACAUAGAAUAUACGAACAAAAUUCAUUGUGAUGAAGCUUAUUUCGUUCUCAUUGAAUUGUUUAGAACAAUAAUUCACAUUUUCCGCAUUAGUUAUGACGUUAGUAUCAUAUGAGGUGGUUAUACUUCAUAGAUGACUUUCAAUAUUGCUUUGAAUUUAAUGGAGACUUUCCUAUUACAGCUAGAGGUGAUGGCAUCAAAAAUUAUAUCAAAUUAAUAUAAAACCAACGAUAUUCCAUUGUUAAGAAUAGAAACCGGAAACUUCAAUUUCUUUUAAAGACAAAAUCUGGUUCACUUCCACCAAUAGAGUCUCUUUGAUUGGAAGAUUAUGCUUCCGAGGUCUUAUUAGUAGUAAUUUAAGCAUUGAAUCUCCUUUACCUCAAGUUCAUCAACACUCCUCCUUUCUUUGGCUACAGCGCCCUUAACGCAUAAGUCUUGAGAAAAGCGGAGAAAGAAGAAGAAGGAAGAUCAUAAUUUAUUGUUUUUUGUUAACGCUAAUUAGGAUGAGUCUCAAGCAGUCUUAACCUUCCGACCAUAGUAUGAUUUGGAAGAGGACGUACUGAUAUCUUGUGCAAACUCAAACAAAGAUUUGAUGAUAAAUAAAGCAUGAAUUUCAGGUUUCAGGAGUUUCUGAAUACAAGAAUUAGGAAAAUUGGAGAUGUUGUGAAAGCUCAAAGGCGAUGUUACGCAAUGGUAAGGCCGAAAACUGUACUUUCAUUCGAACUUUUAGCAAAUUCAAUUUUAUAAGAGUAGUGCAGAAAUCAUCAUCAUUAUCAUACCGUUUAAUCUUUUGGAUUAUGGAUAGUCCUUGGGGCGCCUACAGAUCCUUUUAUUGGGGUGGAUUACUCCCCUUGAUCUUUUUUUAUCGUUUUUUGUUAAUCCUUGCUUCGUUUGUCAGCUUUUACCAAUUUUUUCCAUUUUUGAAUUUUACUUUCAAGUCUAUUAUUUCUAGGAUUCUAGUAACUCCUCCAAUUUGGUUUCUCCAGGUAUUUAUUGGUCUGUUUCUACCUCUAAACUUUGAUAUUAAACAAAAAACAAUAACUUUAGUGUAAUGAUGCAUAAGACAUAAAACUAACUUUGUAUUCAGAAACAGAAAUCAAUAUACAAAGUGUAUUCUCCAGUUUAUUGUUUAACUUCAAAUGCUACCUUCAGAGAUGAUUUUCCAGCUAACCAAAUAGAAAUCAUAGAACGCUACCUGGUUGUAUAUCUCAUGUAACCCAGAAGAUUUAUGAGAACAUGCAUAGACUGCACAUAACUGUCUAUACAAAACCUUAGCUGACUUAAGUCUUAAGUCUUAAUAUUGCAGGUAGCACCAAUUGAAUCUCUGGUACUCUUCUUCUUCUUAACGUGCCGUAUCAAAUCUCCUUGGCGAUCAGCAUGGCAAAAACUCCCUCUAUUUUGAGAUAGUCUAAAUAACUGUCCUGCUUCUCUUAUCCCAAUCCAUUCUCUCAAUAUUCUUCGAACAAGAAACUUGUUUCCUUCCAAUUCCUCUACGAUCUUCAGCUUUGGUACUCUAAAAAAACAAAAGUUUUCAUGCAAUUCCUCUUAUGGUUCUUAGAACUUUUUCGAAUCUAGCUUAUCCUUCACCAUCAUUGUCUCCAUCCAAAUUCUCGUCACUAGACGAAGCAAAACGUUAUAGCGACAAAUGGUUUGGUAGUUAAGAUGUUUCUUGUAUUUUUAUUUCAACAACUCUCAUUUAAAACUAUGUAGUACUUUCAUAUCAAGGUCGCGAUGUCUGAAAAUACCAUGUUGUUAUGGAAUAACGAAAUUAGACUAUAAGCUUUGACAAUAUUUAUUAAGGUUGAAUCCCACAAGGAUUAUCACGGGUACGUAUGAAUAUUUUCAAUUUCCAGCUUGUUGAUUUCCAGAUAUCACCAAAAAGAAAACAUUGCAAAAGAGUUAAUGAGACAGCAAAGCAUAAAUAUAAAAAAAGAUAAAUAUUCAGUCGUUUGGUAGAUAGAGAUUCAUUGGAAUUGGCCCUGAUAUAGGAGUUGUUCCUCUGUAGAGCUCGGGCUGUGGUGAUUGCGAUUGCGCUGCUUCAGGCUAAAAAUUUUUGUUGUUUUUCUGUUUAUUUUUAAUAGGGAAGCGGAUAUAGCUGCAGCUGCAGCUAUCUUUGGUCAUUUGGCUGGAGAACCGGUUCUCCAGGUCACAGGAAAAUCGCAGAAAACCUGCAACAGCGACAAUUACAGUCGGUUGAUGUCCUAGUGAUCUCAUACGACAGGUAAGACUAGACAAGGGUUGUUUUAAGAGUUUCCGACCACAAUCUGAAGAUGUUAGCACCCAUUGGAAUAAGUUGAGAAAUAAAUCUGCGUAUACGUCACUAAAAUGCAUCGGAUUUAACUUCCAGAGACUUUUCCCUGCAUCUUAACCUCAAAGUUUCACUUUCAGCACAAGAAUUUUUAUCGAUUUCCUUGAAAUCCUUGCUUAUGUUAAUCACACAAGAUUUUGAUUUUUAGUUAUUUUUCACAACAUCCAAUUCCCAUAUCCGCUUCAUUAGUAUCUAUAAUAAAAAACUUUCUGUACCUUUUUGAUUGUUGUGUAAACCUCAUCGUAUUAUUUGGUUCCCAGCUCUUCAUUCAUAUGCAUGGUAUACCUAUGGGUCUUGUUUAAGAGGUUUGAUUGAGCAAUUUCAGAUCAAAAUACCCACUAGAAAAAGCCGCGAGCAAUAAACAUAUUUGCUUAGUCAAACCUCAGUAUAAAAUACCUUCACAUUUUCUCUGAUAGUAAAGAAGUGUUGAAGACACUGAAGGGUAUUUAGUGUAUGCACCAAACUCCAUAUUUUCUUGCACCAAAGCCCUAUAACAACGAUCAAAUGAAGUGGAAAGAUACUCAAAGUCUAAGACAAUGCAAAUGAUUCAUAACCAAAGGUCUGAGGAACUUCUUGUGAUAUCCAGAAUCGAUAUUGAACUGGUGAUCUUGUAAAAAGUCAUUGUACCGUCAAAUAACACCUUAAAACGAUAGACUUGGUACAGAACAACUGUAGAUUUUGUGAACGAGCUAUGGAGAUGACAGAGUGAAUAUCUUGGCCAUUUCAGAAUCUCAAUCUAGUACUGAAUCUUUAAAUAUUUAUCAAAUCAUUAUAGUUGAUUAAUGGAUGAAGGAAAUUGUUAAAAUUUCAAGGAUUAUAUGCCUUUGUAUGUAUUCUAUGUAAUCCGGAAAGGGACGAUGUUAUAGCUCCCUAAAAUAACCUUCCAGAUAUAAAUUUUCCGAAAAUUUAUAAUUAAUUCAUAUUAUUUCGUAUAUUUUUCCGUAAAUGACCUUCAUGGUUGUUGAAGUACACUUCAUACCAUAGGAAAUACCGAUCCAAGACUGCUCCAUUAUACUUAUAUACCAAGGGAAAUCAACAUGAGGGGAAUUGUUUCUGUAAAUAUUUCAAUGUCGAGAAUUACGAAGUUGGCGUUUUUUAGAUGAAAUGUUACUAUUUGAAUAUUAACAAUUGAAAUGAAUAUUUUGUUUCCAUAUUAGUCACAAAAGAAGUGAGUUCGAAUAUUUUAUGAUAUUAAAAAGGAAUAUUUCAUCUAAAAAUCGUAUUUUAUAAAAAAAUAUACCAGGUGUACCGAAUUAUCAUGAGUAUUUUCAAUUAUAUAAUCAAAAUUUGAAUGUAAAAUGUAAAUGAAUGUACAUAUCCUGCCUAGACGCAGUAAUAUUGUUGAAUAUUGUAUUGAAAUAAAAGUUAUCUAUGUAAA